CCGCCAGGGCCAAACCUCCCCACGCGACGGCCGAGGGGCGGGGGACCCGGGCGGGGCGUGGGACGCCCGUCACCGCCCCCGCCGCCGAUCGUCCCGGGCCCGGUUUCCGCCGCGGAGGCAGGAGCGCUCCGGAGACGUUCUGAUCACUAUGGCAGCCACAAGAAAUGUGAUGCGAGCUGUCAGAGUUUUUGAAUUUGGUGGCCCUGAAGUGCUUAAACUCCAGUCAGACGUCUUAAUUCCCGAUCCAAAAGAAAAUCAGGUGUUAAUUAAAGUCCAUGCCUGUGGGGUAAAUCCUGUCGAGACAUAUAUUCGUUCUGGAAAUUAUGCUAGAAAACCAGCUUUACCCUAUACUCCUGGAUCAGAUGUGGCUGGUGUAAUAGAAGGUGUUGGGCAACAUGUGACUGCGUUCAAGAAAGGUGACAGGGUUUUUACCAUUGGUACGAUCUCUGGAGGAUAUGCAGAUUAUGCAGUUGCCGCAGCUAAUAGAGUCUUUCCUUUGUCGGAUAAACUGGAUUUUAGGCAAGGAGCAGCAAUUGGAAUACCCUACUUCACUGCUUAUCGUGCUCUUUUCCAAAAAGGGCGUGCCAAAGCAGGGGAAAGUGUGCUAGUCCAUGGUGCGAGUGGGGGAGUGGGAAUAGCAGCAUGUCAGAUUGCCAGAGCUUGUGGUUUAAAGGUUUUGGGUACAGCAGGAACUGAGGAGGGCAUGAACAUGGUUCUGAGAAAUGGUGCUCACCAAGCGUUUAAUCACAGAGAAGCUAAUUACAUUGAUAAAAUUAAGGAAUACACAGGGAUGGAAGGAGUUGAUAUAAUAAUCGAAAUGCUUUCUAACAUCAAUCUUGCUGCUGACUUGCAACUGUUGUCCUAUGCAGGAAGGGUGAUGGUUGUGGGCUGUAGAGGUCCUAUUGAGAUAAAUCCAAGAGACACUAUGAGUAAAGAGUCUAGCAUAAUUGGAGUUAGUCUGUUUCUUUCAACUGAGGAGGAGAAGCAUGAAUGUGCAACAGCAGUCCUUGAUGGCAUAGAAGCUGGCUGGCUGAAACCAAUUGUAGGCUCUGAAUAUCCACUGGAGAAAGUAGCCAAGGCUCAUGAAGACAUUAUUCGUAGCAGCGGUGCUCGAGGAAAGAUGGUGCUCCUUCCAUGAAGUCUUUUCCCGUUAAUUUUGUAGCUGUUCUAACUGCACCUAUGUUUACAUGAAUCACUGACUGUAUAAAAUAUACUUUUGAUCAGGUUUGACUGUAACAUCAAAUGCUAACUUAUAUUAAUUAAUUACAUUAAUUAAUUCAUUAACAACCUGUUUUCUUUUUGUAAUAAGCAGAGUUGUGUAUAAUUUAAAGUAAUUUUUGUAGCUUUUUUGGCUGAUGUGGAAAUCUUAUUUUUUUUCAGCUGAUGUGGCCUUGUGAUGCAGGGGAAAAUAAUAUCUAAGAUAGAAUUUGAUAUCGUGCUCUGUGUGAAGUUAUAGUGAGGCCACUGUAGGCAGUACAAAAUGGAAGCCUGCUUUUUAAGCAGAUACACAGAGGUAUGUAACUAACUAUAUGCAUGGAACUAGGACUCAGUAAAUUCUUUAGCCACAAAAUUUGUAUUAUUCAUCUUUUUGACAUAAUUUACUUGGAAUAAAAGCUUUUACUGCCAAAAUAGUUCACUUCCCAGCUCAGAAGAUGGCCAAAGAAUCUCUCAAAUAUGAACUGUUCAUAAGCAGAGGCAGUUUCAUUUUGCAUUGCCUGACUUAGUAUCUGAGGUGAAAGUGUCCCAGUUAAUCUGAAGGGCCCGUAACUCUGAAGCUGUAUGCUAGUAUUUGCUACUUUGCAACUGAUCAUAUUGGCAGAAGCAGCUGAUUCCUUGAUGGUCAAUGUCUAGGUAGUGAGGAUCUCAGUUCUUCCUGUGACCUUUAUUAAACUUAAAGUUACCUGAAUCCCUGACUACAAUGAAAAGAAAAGAGAGGCUGCGCUGCUUUUAUGGGUUUAUUUCAUAAAUGAAUGUGUAUACAUUGCUGACUUGUUCCAAAUACAAUCCAAUUAAGGAAGGACAAUUUCUCUGAUAUGUUGACAGUUUUUACACUCAAAAUACUGUUUGGUAUUACAGGCACUUCCUCUUAAUGAUAUAAUUCUCUAAUGAGCAGUGAAGUCAUUACUUGCAAAAGAGUUUUCUCAACUUCAAGGAUGAGCUUCUCUGUUCCUUUGAGGAGGAGUAAGUCCUUACUAAACAGAAAUUUUUUAGAAGUAUUUUUGUCCCUGAAGGUUACUUGCUUUUUCAUAUUUGGUCUGGAUUCAUUUGGUGUCAUACUAUCAUAAAUCAGCACACAUUCUCUGAAUCCAUGUACAGUUUCUUCAGGGUGGGAUCUUCAUCACCAUUUUCUAAGUUGCGGUUUUUUUUUUUCUAAACAGGCAUUCAUUUCUACUGACAUUUUGCUUAAUCUAAACUAAGAAAAUAAUUGGCAAAAUCUUUUGAAAUGUCUGAUUUCUCCUCUACAUUUGUGAUCCCUAGUUAAAAUAUUAAGGUAAGAGAGGGCCCCAAAAUCUGUCUCUUUAUAAGCCUCUUGAUCAGAUCUUAACAUUUUGCUUUAGUGCUUAAUUGACCACAAUUGUUCUGUGUGUCGUUGGGAGAAAUCAAAUCCUGACACACUACUUGCCUCUAGAGCCUGAAAAUGAUAAGUUAUUUUACCUGUGUGUCCUCUAGGAACAAUUGGCUCCUUUCAGAAAAUUGGACACUAUUUGUACUGAACUCUUGCUGACAUUCAAGUGUCUUCAUUGCACUUGGCAGACAUGUUUAAACCAAAACAAAAACCUAUGCCUGAUCUUUCUUUUUGCAUGGUGGUUUUGUCUGGGUGGUUGUUUUGGCUUUGGUGUUUGUUUUUUUUUUUUUUAAUUAGAGUGGUUGAAAUUGAAAUAUUUUCCAAGCUUGUAGACAUGUUAGCAUACAAAUACUAGGAAUACUAAAAAAGUGGUAGAACAUUGUGACUUAUAUACACAGAAAAUGUUGCAGGUGAUAGCAUCUGUCUGCUGUAAGAUCCUCCUUCUUGCAAAGUGACUUCGCCUUGGAGGAGACCAAGAAUAGUUAGAUCAUUAGAACUAAUGCAGUGCCAGCUUGUUUAAAAUCCAGUCGUCUUGCUUGAUUUUUCUCUUGUGCAUAACUGUGCAAAGAGAUGCUAAAUACUUGCUUGGAAAUGAGAUAAUACAGCUUUACUUCCUCCCACUCUCCAAGUGCCGUCUCAAUAGACUUGGAAGUGGGUCCUGGGCUUCAUGUGGUCUUCUCCAAGAGCCACAUCCCUUGUGCUAUCACCGCUAAAGGGAUGAAAAUAUCUUGGCACCUUGUUAAUGGAAAGUGGAUGAUUUAUGGUAAGUGGAUGGAAAUCAAGAGAUAAAUUUCUUUAGAUCUUUAGCAAAAAGAUGUAUUUUUGUGUUAUUGUAGUUGAUUUGGAUAAUAAUAGUUGAUGUAUCAUGGAAUCAUAGAAUGGUUUGGGUUGGAAGGGCCUGUAAAGAUCAUCUAGUCCAACACCUCUGCCAUGGGCAGGGACAUCUUUCACUAGAUAAGUUUGCUCAAAGCCACAUCCAGCCUGACCUUGAACACUUCCAGUGAUGGGGCAUCCACAGCUUCCCUGGGAAACCCCUUGCAGCAUCUCACCACCCUCAUUGUAAAAAUUUGUGCCUUAGGUCCAACCUAAAUGUACCCUCUUCAAGUUUAAAACCAUCGCCCCUUUCCUGUCAAUACAGGCCUUGGUAAAAAAAAGUCUGUCUUUCUUACAAACCCCCUUUAUAUAUUGAAAGGCCGCAAUGAGGUCUGCCUGGAGGCUUCUCUUCUCCAAGCUGAACAACCCCAACUCUCUCACAGAUCUUUCAGAGUACUGUUUCUUCUCUGCAAAGGUAAAUGUGAGGUUGUUUUGCUAUUAUACUGAGUCAUUUAAUUGUUUCUGUCAUGGUUUUAGCUGGGAUAGAGUUAAUUUUCUUCACUCUAGCUGGCAUAGUGCUGUGCUUUGAAAUUAUCAUGGAAAAAAAACCUGUUGAGAUAACACACAGAUGUUUGGGCUGUUGCUGGGUAGCGCUUGUACUAGUCAAGGACAUUUCUAGCUUCCCAUGCUCUGCUGGAUGCACAAGAAGCUGGGAGGGGAGGGGGCACAGCUAAGAGAGCAGAUUCAAACUGACCAAAGGGAUAUUCCAUAUCAUGUAACGUCAUGCCCAGUAUGUUAACUGGGAGGCGCUGGCCGGGGGAGGAGGAGGCAAUCGCGGCUUGGGGACGGGCAGCAUCAGUUGGCGGGUGGUGAGCGGUUGUAUCCUUUGUGUUUCCUUGUUUUUUGGGGUUUUUUUUCCCUUUUUUCCCUUUCCCUUCCUUUUCCAUUUUAUUAUAUUAACAUUAUUGUCCUUAUUAUCAUAAUCAUUGGUACUAUUAUUAUCAUACUAUUGUAAUCAUUAAACUGUGCUUAUCUCAACCCACAA